CGCAUCCUUUGAUAAAGAAACAUGCCGUUGUUUUGGCAACAGCAGUGCGGGUAGAAAACCCAAGGUCGGGCCUUCACUCCGCAAAACCAGUUUUUACUGGGCAAGCAAGCGGCUCGCGGCACAGCAUACGCACGGUUGGAAGAUCUGUUUGAACAGGACUUUUGUUUCGUCAUUGAUCAUACAGUUUUCUAACGGACACGUUUGGUGGAGUGUAGAUAGAGGUGGGGCAGUUUGGUUUUAAGUUCCCAACAGGGGCUCCUAACGCCACGGCUUGUAUAGCUACAGAUCAGUUUGGUGAGAGAUGGCGGUGUUCCGACUCACCUUGGCCAUCUUUCUCGUACUUGUGCAUUUUACAACAUUGAUCACAGGACAGAAAGCGACACCUGCACCACAAGGCAGCACUGCGGCCGCUUCUGCGAGCAAUGGAGACUUGAUGCUGUUCGAACGUGAUGGGGGCAGCGGUAGCGGUGAUGGAGCCACAACGACAACACAGGAUAACAGCAUACCUGCUACUACAACAUUGACCAACAACUCAACGUCACAAGCCAACAGUACCAAUGCAACUUUAACCACACCACCUUUAACUACGGCACUACCGACAACCACCCAACCUUUAGCCACUACUGCAGCGGCAGUAUCCGCAACCUGCAAGAAUAUCGGCACUGAUUACGAUGGCGACUCACUAAUCAUCAGUUGUCCUGCUGGAUGCUCUAGAGAAGGCUCUAUCUGGGGUACUGGAAUCUACACAAGUGAUUCGCCUGUUUGCAAGGCUGCCAUCCACGACGGUAGAAUCACAGACGACGGCGGGAGGGUGAGUGUGUACAGAUGGUCCGGGCAGGUGUCGUACGAGGGGUCCACACAGAACGGUAUUACCUCGGACAGUUACGGCGAUUGGAGGAGCUCUUUCGCUUUUAGACCAGAAAGUACAACAGCCUUACCUGUGGCCACAACAACUACCACCGCGACAACAUCAUUACCAGUGGCCACUACCACUACAACUGCGACAACAGCAUUGCCGACUAGAAGACCUGAAGCGUCAACAACAACAGCAGGAGUUUACACUUCAACAGUGCCAGCCACAACAUUAGACGCAUUGAGUACAACUACACCAACACCGACACCAACAACCGUCCAGCCAUUAGCUACUGCUACACAAGCAGCAUGCCCAAGGGGACUUUUUCGAUGUGACAGUGAACGAUGUAUUUCAAGUAACUGGCAGUGUGACGGUGAUGACGACUGUGGUGACGGGAGUGACGAAAGAGACUGCAGUUCGACAGAUUCAUCAACUUCAAAGCCGGACACAACGUCACAAGGUGGUAAAGUCGUGGCGAAUGGUGUUGAUUGUGAUUAUGUGAAUGUUUGCAUGCUUGGAAAGAGUGGCUUGGAAAGAAGUGCGAUGAGAAUGCAUCAUUCUACCUUUUCGUGAUUGAAUGUGAGUCUCUCGUCUUCCACUAAAGAAAAUGAAACUCUUGACGCACGCACGCACACACAUGAUUCAACAUAUGCAUACACAUGUAUGGUACACACUUUUUAAAGCAUAGGUACCCAGGUUUAGGAAGAAGAGGCUAGGAGCGCCACGAGGAGCUUGCCUUAUGCCAGUCCGGACUGGAUGAUACGACAUGCCUAGCGCAGGAUUCACCUAUGACAAUCUCUGUUGCAGCAUUGCUCGGAGGACACAGGCUCGGUUCGGAUCCAGAUAUCCCCGGCACCAGAGGCACAGUGACACACCCCAGAUCAUCCUGACAUUCGGAACCUCGUCACGAACAUCACUCUAUUUCAUAUGGCCUUGAUUUUUGUUUCAUACUUGUAUUGUUCUUUUUAACUUUAUCUGAUGUAUAUUAUUGAUAUCCUUUGACAUGUAUUUUCUUGCAAUAUAAUCAUUCAGACAUUCUGUUAAAUUCAUUAAAAAGACAUUAUUAGUGCAA